AUGCUACCUGUCCGUCGUUUACUUCCACGAACUGUUAGAAAUGCUGAAGAUAUCCGAACUGAUAGUUUUAUUCAGAAUCAAAGGUUUCGGCGAAUACAAACUUCGACAAUAAAACAACAGAGAGGAUAUAAAAUUGGUUUGAAUUUUCAAGAAACAACUACUGCUGUUCGUCACUUGCUGAAACUUCCUCGCAUUUGUCCUUACUGUAAUGCUAAACUUUUUGCGGGAGAAACUGACUACGGCUUAGACCAACGAACAUAUAACAUUCCAACAGCUUCACAGGUUGCAGCCAUAUGGGUUGAAGGUCAUGAAUCUAUAGAUCGCAUGAAACGAGACAUCAUUUUAUUUGCAAUUAUUUUAAUAUUUGGGGAACCAGGAAACGUUCAGACUUUAUGGAAUAACAAUUUUGUCGCUAUGUCAGAAGAUUUUAUGAAAAGUGGAAUUCUUGAUGAUCAACGUCAUAUUAAUGCAGUUCUACUUCAUAUUAAAAUUAUAUUAGAACAACAUCACAAGAAAUUAACCGAAUUUGACCUUCCCCCACUAGACUUAUCAGAAAAAUAA